GAAGGAUGGCGAAGAGGGAACGUCGUUUAUCCAAGGAGAAGAGGGAGAAAUGAAGGCAAUUAUUAGUAAAGAGUUUCAAGAAACAUUUUCGGAAAUACUGGAAAAGAGCCAGCAGCAUUUAUGUGAUAAAUUGACCUCAGUAAUACAAUUAAAUGUACAAGAAAUUAAAGAAGAAAUUGCUAUGCUAAAUCAGAAAAUAGUGAAUAUUGAAGAAAAAUUAGGUGCAGUGGACUAUAUGCAGGCGGAGUUAAAAUCCCAAUUUGAAUCGCUGGAUAAGAAAUAUAAUGGGAUGGAACAAAAGUUAUCUGACUUAGAAGAUCGCAGUCGACGGAGUAAUUUAUGUAUCAGAG